AUGGCUACUUCACUCGCCGUCGAUAAACCACAUCUGCCGCCCGGCGAUGCGGAUGCGAACGAUCCCUUCGUCUCUCCCCCGGGUCCCGCCAACCAGCGAUACUCUGGAUACGACAGCCAAUUCUUCGCACUCGGCCCCGGCGCAUCGCCCGACCAGGCCAAGCGCGCAUUGCAAGCACACAUCGCCGACACCGAACGUCGCCUGGAUGAGGCCGGAAAGCUGGGAACAGCUUUGGUUCAGCAGCGCAAGGAGCUUGCCGAGCGCUUGAAGGAGGUAGAGGAGCAGCAGACUGAAGGAGAGCUCACACCAGACCUGCGCUCAAAGCUCGUCGAAAUCGAAAAGGAAUUCAAUGAUGUCGCCCGAGAGACUGCACGGGCGUUUUUGCCCAAGCAAAGGGUACCCAGCAACGAGGCUGCUGGAGGUUCGCCCUAUGUUCCGGACGGCAAGAUGGGAAGACGCUCUGUCAGCCCUUCAAAGUUCGAGAACAUUGCCACAGGCUCGCCGUCCAAGUUGAGUGUACCAAAUCGCAAAGUCCGCAACCAGCCUUCAAGUCGCAUACACGAUAUCGAGUUCGCCGCCGAAAUCAGCACUUCGCUUAUCGCACAAGUCCGCAACCUUCAGUCCCUCCUCGCCGAAAAGGAUGAGGAGCUCAAAGACACCAAGGCCGAAAAGUCAAGGCUAGAAAUCGAGACGGAGAGCUUUCAGCAGCGCGUGAAGACACUAGACGAGAGCGAAAACAGGUACAAAGAUGAGAACUGGAACCUCGAGACACAGGUGCACGACCUGGUCGCUGCCCAGAAGGAUGCCGCCGAUCGCGAAAAGAAGUUGACGCAAAGUCUCAAUGUCUUGCAAGCAGAGAAGAAUUCGGCGCAGAAGGAGCUCGACGAGGCUAAGGUGUCUAUCGCCAAGCUGACCGAGGAGCACGAGAGAUUCGCCAGGCAUCUUGACCUCGACUUGACAACGGCCAAGAAGAAUGCCGCCGUCGCCGAGACGGAAAGAAACGCGCUGCAGCGCAAGGUCGAUGACCUGAUGAGCCAGAACCAAGAGCUUGCCAGAGCCAUCUCCUCUCAACGUGGACGCCUGUCUGACCGCGAUUUCGGUCGUCUCCCUAGUGACGAAGACCUGGAUAGCGGAGCGGACGGCUUCACCCCCGAGCACUCACCGCCGCCGUCCCCUAUCAAGGGAACUCCCCGCCACGCCAUGCUCGAGUCCGAGACUCUCAAGAGCUCUCUUCUGCACGCUCAGCGCACCAUUCAGAGCCAGAAGACGGUCAUCCACCGCGAGAAGACUGAGAAGCUCGAGCUUAAGCGACUGCUUCAGGACACCCGCGAUGAGCUGGAGAAGCUUCGCACCGACGCCGCUCCUGCUCCCGCUCGCCGCAACCGCAAGGUCGAGUCUAGAGAGUUCAAGAAGCCUUCCCGCGGACUGCUUGGAGGUCACCGUCACAGCCGCAACGAGAUCUACACCGACGACGCUGAGUGGGAGGAAGCUACAGAAAUUGGCAGCCCCAGAACAUCGCCUACCUCUUACUCGACCUCGACUGUUCGCAGACCCGGCAGCAGGAUGCAGAUCACGGACACCAGUGAUCAGUUCGACACAGCCAAUGAGACUAGCGAUGCCGCCUUCGAGACCGCGAACGAGCGGGGAACUGAGACUGAGGACUUCCAGACCGGCGCCGAGGAUCUCUCCGGUUCUGAUUCCGGAACCGAGACUGAGAGCCCGUCUAAGGGCCGCGAGCUCCGCCAGAACUUCGCGCUUAGUGGUGGUCGCAACUCCUACGACAGCACUGCAUCGACCUCAGCGGAUGAAGACGACGACUAUGUCGAGUACGUGCGAACACCGACAUCGCAACACUCUCAUCAACGCAUGCGCGUCAAGCUUAGCCGGGGACUUCUCAACCGCCGCUCUAGGCAGGCGAGCGAGGAGCCAGCCUACCAAAGCAGCCCGGCCAGCGCCGCCACCGGCAGCGCUGCUGGAACACCUCAAGCUGGUGGUCAAAGCCUGUUUGCUGAGCUUGCUGAGCUCGAGACCAGCGAUGCCGAGUCCGUCGAAGGCACUCCCAGCCGCGCGAGAUCUGCUACCCCGAGUGCUGAUUCGGAGGUUUCUCAAGCCACGACGACCAUUCCCUCGUUGUCUCUCACCACUCCCGACACCAGCGGCAUGACAGACCCCGUCAAGAGGCCAGCUGCUCCCAGACCUGCCAUGGUUGAUUCCGGAAUGAUGACUGAGCCGAUGGUCCGCUCUCCUCCGAUGUCACCCGUCAGCGUUGUCCACGAUGACCGAGAUAUCCCAUCACUUGGUUCUUUGGUGGCCGCAAACCAGAUCUCCGACGGACUCAAGUCUCGGCCGCUGUCCACGAUUUCCUACAGCGAUGCAGGCGCUCAGUACGACAUGGACGAGAAGCUCGCGCAGUUCCCUAUGCCGCCAUCCCCCAACAAGCAGUUCGUCCUUCCGCCACUGCCUGAGCUUAGCAUGUCUUCAAUCGAUAUUCAGGACAUCGAACCCGUCGUGGAGCCUGAGACGCCUCUGCCGGCGCCAGCCCCGCUCACUAUGACAUCGAUUGUGUCUGAGGCGGUUGAACCCAAGGCUGAGCCUGAGAUCGUGCCUCCAGCCCCUGUCUUGGCCUACACCCCUCUUGUCUCGGAGGUUGUUGAGCCCAAGGCUGAACCUGAGGUGCCGCCUGCCACGCUGAGCAUCUCAUCCUUCCUUUCCGAGGCGGUUGAGCCCAAGGCGGAGCCGGAGGUGCCACCUCCAGUGUUGAGUCUUUCUGCACUCCACGCACACAACCUCGAGCCCGUGGCCGAGCCACCGGUUCUCCCGCCGGCACUCAGCCUGUCUGCGCUGCAAGCUCAUGACAUCGAGCCAAUUGCGGAGCCUGAAGUUCCUCCUCCAGCUCUGAGCCUUUCUGCUCUUCACGCACAUAACCUCGAGCCCAUCGCCGAGCCCGAGGCUGUGGUUCCUACGCCCGACCUCACCAUGUCUGCUCUUGUGUCUGAGGACAUUGAGCCCAAGGCUGAGCCCGAGUCCGAGGCCGUCAGGGCCGUGCCCGCACCUAUCCCGGUUCCGACGCCGGCGCCGGCUCCAAUCCUUAGUCUCUCGUCCAUUGCCUCAGAGCACGUCGAGCCCAAGGCCGAGCCCGAAGUCGUUCAGAAGACUCCUGUUCUCAGCCUCUCUGCGCUCUAUGCCCACAACCUUGAGCCUAGAGCAGAGCCUGCGGUUUUGCCUCCUACCCUCACUCUGUCGUCCAUCGUGGCGGAGAAUGUCGAGCCCAAGGCAGAGCCCAAGAUCGUUCCUCAGUUGGCGUUCUCGUCAAUCGCAGCCGAGAACAUUGAGCCGAGGGAGGAGCCUGAGAUCAUCCCUGCUCCGCCAACCCUCAGCCUCACAGCGAUUGCCUCUGAAGACAUCGAGCCCAAGGCUGAGCUCCCCCCGACUCUCACCUUGUCUUCGCUCUCAUUCGCCAACAUUGAGCCUCUUGCUGAGCCUGAGGUACUGCCACCGCCGCCUCCUGCGCUUAGCCUUUCGUCCAUCGCGUCGGAGAACAUUGAGCCGAAGGCUGAGCCCGAGGUCCUCGCGCCUCCCCCUGCGAUCCUGGCGUACUCCAACAUUCACUCCCAGGCCGUGUCGCCCCGCGCCGACCCUGUCCCCUCUUUGGACUUCUCUACGCUUCUCUCCCAGCAAGUCGAGCCUGUCCAGUCGCCCGAGGCCAAGAUUCCCAAGCCCAACUUCGCCUUCUCGAACAUUGAGUCGAUCGAAACUCACCCAAUCUCGCCUCGCAGCCCCAAGCGGGACGGCUUCAUCAUUCCUGCCGACAUGGAAUCGCCUUUCGAUGAGGAUGUGCCCAGAACGCCCAAGAACGGCCUCAUGGGCUCUGUCUUCGGUCGCGGCAAGAACAAGGCCCAGGCCGACCCCAUCAUUGCGGAGGACGAGACCCGACAAUCCCCUAGUGAGGUUCGACCGUCUGAGACACCUGAGUCUCAGCGGCCCUUCAAGGAGAUCUCGACCAACGCCAACGGUCGCCCUGCCCGCAAGGCCACGAUCCAGACGACUGACAUGGGCGCUCAGACUUCGCUCACAGCUGAGGCAAUCGAUGAGAUGCUCCUGGCCAAGGCUCAGCCUGUCGAUGCUCAGGACAAGUCAUCGGUUUUCAUUGGCACUCCCAACUCUUCGGGCACUGUUCGCAUUCGCCGCCCGUCUCACGACAGCCUCAGCAGCAUUUCCACCGAGCAAAAGAUGGGAAGACCAAGCAGCGCUAGCAGCAACCGCAUGCUUAACCAGCCGCUCCCACCGCUGCCGACGAACCACAAGGAGGCUAUCGAGGCGGCAAGGACUGGCUCCAGAGCUGGAUCGUCACAGGGAAGCAUGGGACCCCCUCUGUGGCCCGCUUCUGCCAUGAGGAGCCAACGACCGCAAACCCCUAACGGCGGACGGCCGCAGUCUCCCCUGUCAAUUGUCACCAAGAACUCGGCUACUCCUCGCAUGGCUCGGGCCGGUCCUUCAUACGGAACCGCCGAGGUUGCUGUUCAGUCCCCGACUAAGCUGUCGACCAUGAGCAGACAAUCAUCGGUGUCCUCCUUCGUCUCCGAGAUUGACCAUCGCUUCAACCCUCGUAACGAGCUGGGUGGCAUGGACCCAUCUGGAUUUGGCGCCAACACCGACCCUCGCAUGAUCCAGGCCAUCACUUCCACCAUGAUUGGAGAAUACUUGUGGAAGUACACCCGCAAGGCUGGCCGUGGAGAAAUCUCCGAACACAGACACAGACGGUACUUUUGGGUCCACCCAUACACCCGCACCUUGUACUGGAGCGACCGUGACCCGGCAGCUGCCGGUCGAUCUGAGCUCCGUGGCAAGAGUGUCCCGAUUGAGGCUGUUCGUGUGGUGACGGACGACAACCCCAUGCCCCCCGGCCUCCACCGCAAGAGUUUGAUUGUUAUCUCUCCUGGCAGGACGAUCAAGUUUACAUGCACAACCGGCCAGAGACACGAGACAUGGUUCAACGCUCUGUCUUACCUCUUGCUCCGCACAGCCGAUGAGGGCCAGUCUGACGUCGAAGAGAUGGCUGGGCACAUUACUCAGGCCGAUGUGGACGAGUUCAACCCCCAAUUUGGCCGUCGCACCAACUCCACGGCUCGCCCACGGCCGCCCCCAUCUGUGUCCUCGUACAACUCGAGGACGACCCGCAACCAGUCCCCUGCGAUUGACAUGUCGAUGAACGUCCCUACUCUGACCCCCAACAAGGGUCAGGCCCAGAGACCUUCCAUUGGGACCCUGGGAAGGAUCAGCGGCUACUUUAACACCUUCUCCAGCAUGAGGAGCCGCAGUGGAGUUGCCCCCAACUCCAGCAUUUACGAGGCCAGCGAGGUGCACGAUAGUGCCGAGGACCUCCGGGAAAUUAUUGAGAGACAAGACCGGGAUGCCGACCGACUGGAGAACGUGCGCGCCUGCUGCGAUGGCAAGCACGACGUUGGUACACUUCAUCACCACUCUAAGAGAGGCCAGCCUUCUGGCUCCCACUCCCACUCUCAACCCGGACGUUCUGCGUCUGCCAUGAGCACCUUGAGGUCGCGAGCCUAA